AUGGGGUCAGCAGGUCUGGCUAGACUGCAUGGGCUUUUCGCGACCUACAAACCCCCAGGGCUAAAAUGGGAACACUUGCGGAACACCGUGGAGAUGCAGCUUUUGAAGGGUCUCAAUGCUGGGAAGCCUCCUGCCCCUGAACAGCGUGUUCGCUUCUUGCUGGGCCGGGUGGAAGACAGUAAGGAGAAGGAACUGACCCUCACGGCCACUAGUGUGCCUGCCCUCACCAACCAUCCACUGGUGCACGGACCAAAAUUCACCAGUUUGAAAGUUGGUGUAGGACACCGGCUAGAUGCCCUGUCUUCUGGGGUGCUUGUGCUCGGCGUGGGACAUGGGUGCAGGCUUCUCUCCGACAUGUACGAUGCUCAUCUCACCAAGGAUUACACAUUGCGUGGCAUACUGGGCAGAGCCACAGAAGACUUCUGUGAGAAUGGGCGGCUGUUGGAGAAGACGACGUAUGAUCACGUGACCAGAGAGAAGCUGGACCGAAUUUUAGCCAUGAUCCAAGGCUCCCAUCAGAAGGCCCUGGUGAUGUACUCCAACCUUGACCUGAAGACCCAUGAAGCCUAUGAGAUGGCUGUGAGAGGCUUGAUUCGGCCCAUGAACAAGUCCCCAAUGCUGAUAACCGGCAUCCGAUGCCUCCACUUUGCACCUCCAGAAUUCCUCUUAGAGGUUCAGUGCAUGCACGAGACACAGAAGCAGCUACGAAGACUGGUGCAUGAAAUUGGCCUGGAACUAAAGACCACAGCAGUCUGUUCCCAAGUACGGCGCACACGUGACAGCUUCUUUACACUGGACGAUGCCCUGCUGAGAACUCAGUGGCACCUACACAGCAUCCAGGAUGCUAUUCAGGCUGCAGCCCCCCGGGUAGCAGCAGAGCUGAAGAGCUUGAGGCCAGUGCUGGGCAGCCAGCAGCUCCCAGAUACAGGCCAGCCCUGGGACUCUGCAAGACCAAACUCUACCUGGAAGCUGGAGAGCUAUGAGGGACAGUGA